AAAUAUAUCUAUGUUUGAGGGCAAAAAACAAAGUAAGAAGAAGCAUCGUCAUUAAUCGAAAGAUCGAUCGGGUUGCUCUCUCAGAUAUUAUUAAUCGAUCAAAUUGACCCAAAAAAAAAACAAACAAAAAAACAAAAAAAACAUAACAACACAUCUCUUUCUCUCGGCCAGAAUCUCGUCGGAGGCCGUGUAAAAAGACCUAAAAAGUUUGUUGUGGAUCGGCCAAAAUUGUAUGUCUCAGAUUCAGUUCAUGGGUGGUGGAAUCAUGAGCGGUAGAUCUGGAGUCAUAGUCAUCUUCUUCCUCUUGGGGUUGUCUUCUGCUACUAGAAACCCCAUCAUCCUUGUCGACUCUGCUCAUGAUGAUGAGAACCAAGUUUGUGAACUGUGUGACAAAUAUGUUACCCUUGCCAUUGACUACCUUCAAGAUUACGACAAUCAGAAUGCUCUCCUUGAGGCCCUUCAUCUCACCUGCUCUCAGAUUCCUCCUCUCAAAAAACAGUGUCUCUCGAUGGUGGAUCAUUAUACCCAGCUUUUCUUCACACAAGUCUCUGUACUCAAAUCAGACCAGAUCUGCAAAAAGCUUAACCUCUGCCAAGCCCUUGUUGCUUCACAAGUCCAUCAAGGAAACUGCGAGGCUUGCCGCCAGACUGUCUCUGAGGUUGUAUCCAAACUCAAGGAUCCUGAGACUAAGCUGAAGAUUAUCCGCUUACUUCUCAAGGAGUGCAAGUCGCUAAACAAUUACCAGGACAAGUGCAAGAAGAUGGUGUUUGAAUACGGGCCCCUGAUGCUUGUGGAUUUGGAGAAGUUUCUGGAAAAGAAAGACGUCUGCUCUAUACUCCGCGUCUGUCCAAGUCCAGCCACCCAAGGUGUCUACAUUCCUGCGCUGGAGGUUGAGCCAUUGGCAGAUUCGUAAAAUCGGCACCUCUUGUUUUCCUUGUGAAUUGAUUCACACACGCCCAUGCCAGCAUCGAUAAAGCUGAUUUGGUGACUGAUGAUCAUGUAAAUUACUACUACUGAUCAAAAAUAUAUAUAUAUAUAUAAACGUGAUUCUUGUGUGCUUUGAAAAACGCUUAAGGCCCAUUGUCCAUUUUACAUAUAAGCUUUUUUGGCUAAUAAUUUUAUUAUA